AUGAGCACCUGCCACAACUACAAGCCGACCUUUGUGGUUGGCUACUGCUUCUGCGGGGCCCACGGCAUCCUCUACCCCGAGUACGGUCAGCCGGCGUGCAAGCGCUGCAAGGGGCAGUUCUAUGACGCUGACAGGUUCGUCAGGCGCGACGGUGCCGUUUGCAGGCCGAACUGUGGGAAACGUGGCCUCUGCUCUCUCCACCGCCUCCUCCACUUCGAGAUGAUGGGCAUGCGACGCGACCUGAUCACGCACCAGAAA